AUGAAGCAGCAGUGGAAACAAGUAACAAGGCAACAACAGGGAGAAGGGGGAGCAGCAGAUACACCACAAGCAACAACAGUGGAUACACCACAAGCAACAACAGUGGAUACACCACAAGCAACAGCAGUUGAUACACGACAAGCAACAGCAGCAGAUACACCACAAGCAACAACAGUGGAUACACCACAAGCAGCAACAGUGGAUACACCACAAGCAACAGCAGCAGAUACACCACAAGCAACAACAGUGGAUACACCACAAGCAACAACAGUGGAUACACCACAAGCAACAGCAGUUGAUACACCACAAGCAACAGCAGCAGAUACACCACAAGCAACAAUAGUGGAUACACCACAAGCAACAACAGUGGAUACACCACAAGCAACAGCAGUAGAUACACCACAAGCAACAACAGUAGAUACACCACAAGCAACAACAGUAGAUACACCACAAGCAACAGCAGCAGAUACACCACAAGCAACAGCAGUGGAUACACCACAAGCAACAGCAGUGGAUACACCACAAGCAACAACAGUGGAUACACCACAAGCAACAGCAGUGGAUACACCACAAGCAACAACAGUGGAUACACCACAAGCAACAGCAGUGGAUACACCACAAGCAACAACAGUGGAUACACCACAAGCAACAACAGUGGAUACACCACAAGCUACAGCAGUAGAUACACCACAAGCAACAACAGUGGAUACACCACAAGCAACAACAGUGGAUACACCACAAGUAACAACAGUAGAUACACCACAAGCAACAACAGCAAAUACACCACAAGCAACAGCAGCAGAUACACCACAAGCAACAACAGUGGAUACACCACAAGCAACAACAGUGGAUACACCACAAGCAACAACAGUGGAUACACCACAAGCAACAACAGUAGAUACACCACAAGCAACAACAGUGGAUACACCACAAGCAACAACAGUGGAUACACCACAAGCAACAGCAGUAGAUACACCACAAGCAACAACAGUGGAUACACCACAAGCAACAACAGUAGAUACACCACAAGCAACAACAGUGGAUACACCACAAGCAACAACAGCAAAUACACCACAAGCAACAACAGUGGAUACACCACAAGCAACAGCAGUGGAUACACCACAAGCAACAACAGUGGAUACACCACAAGUAACAACAGUGGAUACACUACAAGCAACAACAGUGGAUACACCACAAGCAACAACAGUGGAUUCACCACAAGUAACAUCAGCGGAUACACCACAAUCAACAGCAACAGUAAUGGAUGCACCACAAUCUGAUGGCUGA